ACGCAUGCGCAUACAGCUACCUUCCUGCUGUUGCUAUUACUUCUGCGCCUCUUUUCUUCUCAAUCACGAUUCGUAGAGGUGUGGCUCCUCCCCUUAUACGCGAGCGAAUAGCUUCCCCUCAUUGACUUUAUCAGUUCUCUGGCAAGGCUGCGGGAGCGCGACUACAAUUCCGACUGUGAGAAGAGGGCGGGGAGGAGGGGGAAGUGUGUGCGGAGCGUGCGUGCGGGGGAGCGCGCCGGCGGGCGGAGACCUGACCAACCGGCGGCGGCUGUGGGUGCGCGCGCGCGCGCGCCUCGGUUGCUGGUUGUACGGCUUCUCCUGCUCUGUGGUUGGGCCGCGCGAGGGAGCGACCGAGUCUCUUGCCGCACGGGGAGGAUAUCGGGUACGGCAGCGACAGUCGAAGCCGAGGAGGACGGUGUUGGCUGGUAAAAAGGGGAACUCAAGAUGAGGAGCUGUAAUCGUUUAAAGAGUUUUAAAGCAAAUAUCAAUGAAUAAGGAUUGGUUUUACUUGUGCGAAGGAAGCCUAGCCAUGGAUCAGUUUGGAGCAUACUAAAGACACAGAAACAGAGGGCCUGGUCCCUCUCCCCAUUUUUGUAUCCAUUCUGACUUCAGUUGAGCCUGGGCUAUGCUGCAGGGCAGAUCACCCACCAGAGCUCCAACAUGCCAGCAGCAUCUGGAAAGAGAUUCAAACCCAGCAAGUAUGUCCCAGUAUCAGCUGCUGCCAUCUUCCUAGUAGGAGCUACCACUCUCUUCUUCGCUUUUACGUGCCCAGGGCUCAGCUUCCAUAUCUCUCCAAUCAUCCCCAUUUACAAUGCUGUGGUCUUCCUCUUUGUGCUGGCAAACUUCAGCAUGGCCACCUUCAUGGAUCCAGGCAUAUUUCCUCGAGCUGAUGAGGAUGAAGAUAAGGAGGACGAUUUCCGAGCUCCACUUUACAAGACAGUGGAGAUAAAGGGAAUCCAGGUGCGCAUGAAAUGGUGUGCAACAUGCCGCUUCUACCGGCCUCCACGCUGCUCGCAUUGCAGUGUCUGUGACAACUGUGUGGAGGAGUUUGACCAUCAUUGCCCUUGGGUGAACAACUGCAUUGGACGGCGCAAUUACCGUUAUUUCUUCCUGUUCCUGCUGUCACUUACAGCACAUAUUAUGGGUGUAUUUGGCUUUGGCUUACUGUAUGUUCUGUAUCAAGUGGAAGAGCUCUCUGGGAUCCGCAUGGCUGUUACUAUGGCUGUGAUGUGUGUGGCUGGCUUGUUUUUCAUUCCUGUGGCUGGCCUUACAGGAUUCCAUGUAGUGCUGGUAGCUAGGGGUCGAACUACUAAUGAACAGGUUACAGGCAAAUUUCGAGGUGGAGUAAACCCAUUUACCAAUGGUUGCUGUAAGAAUGUCAGUCGUGUCCUUUGCAGCUCCCCAGCACCCAGAUACCUUGGGCGGCCAAAACCAGAGCAGACUGUGGUAGUGAGACCACCAUUCCUGCGGCCAGAAAUAUCAGAUGGACAGAUUGCUGUAAAGAUCAUGGACAAUGGUAUCCAGGCUGAGCUGAAGAGAACAAAGUCCAAAGGAAGCCUUGAAGUGACGGAAAGCCAGUCUGCUGAUGCUGAGCCACCACCCCCACCCAAGCCAGACCUCAGCCGCUACACAGGCCUGAGGACGCAUUUAACCCUGGCCACCAAUGAGGACAGCAGCUUGCUAAGCAAGGACAGCCCUCCAACUCCAACCAUGUACAAGUAUCGACCUGGCUACAGCAGCAGCAGUACUUCAGCUGCAAUGCCUCACUCCACUAGCGCCAAGCUAAGCCGAGGAGACAGCCUGAAGGAGCCUACCGCCAUUGCUGAGAGCAGCCGAAAUCCCAGCUACCGCUCUGAGCCAAGUCUAGAGCCAGAGAGCUUUCGUUCUCCCACCUUUGGCAAGAGUUUCCAUUUUGAUCCUCUGUCCAGUGGCUCCCGCUCCUCCAGCCUCAAAUCUGCCCAAGGCACAGGCUUUGAAUUAGGCCAUCUUCAGUCAAUCCGCUCUGAGGGUACCACUUCCACAUCCUACAAGAGCUUGGUGAACCAGACACGCAAUGGGAGUUUGUCAUAUGACAGCCUUCUUACACCCUCUGAUAGUCCUGACUUUGAGUCAGUGCAGGCAGGUCCAGAGCCAGACACCCCCAUGGGUUAUACUUCUCCUUUCCUUUCAGCCCGGAUUGCUCAGCAGCGGGAGGCUGACCUGCACAGUCGUUUCUCAAGUUCUGGCUCACCUAAGCACCAGCCGCCUCGUGAUCCUUCACCUGUCCGCUAUGACAAUCUCUCGCGUCACAUUGUGGCUUCCAUGCAGGAGAGGGAGAAGCUGCUGCAGCAAUCACCCACACCACCACCUCUGGCCAGGGAGGAGGAUACAGGGUUAGGAGACUCAGGCAUCCAGUCCACGCCAGGCUCCAGCAAUGCCCCACGUACCAGCUCCUCCUCGGACGAUUCCAAACGUUCGCCUCUUGGCAAGAACCCACUCACCCGCCCAGUGCCGCCUCGCUUUGGUAAACCAGAACCAUCACAUGCACUCAGAGUGCGCUCACUGGGCUCACCAGAUCAGCCUGCAGCCCUCCACCUGGGCAAAUCUGUGUCUUACAGCAGCCAAAAACAGUCACCCCAAGCCAUCGUCCCAGAGACAGAGGAGGUGGCCUUGCAGCCUUUACUGGCACCAAAAGACGAGGUGCAGAUGAGAUCCUCCUACAGCAAGUCCAAUGGACAGCCCAAGAGCCUGGGCUCAACUUCACCCACCCCAGGCCAGCCACCUCUCAGCAGCCCCACUCGUGGAGGAGUCAAGAAGGUCUCUGGAGUGGGUGGGACUACAUAUGAAAUUUCUGUAUGAGGAGAGGAAUCUCUCCACUGUCAUCUCCUCCUUGGGUGUUUCUUAAAUGCGUUGUCCCUGGUGAGCAAGAAAGGGGGACAUGUUCAGCAGACAGUUACCCCAUCACAUGCAUGGACUUCUGAAAUUUAAAAAAAAUCAGUUUUUUGAGAUGGGGAAAACUGGCAGGGACAAUUACCUUUUUUAAACUAAAAUGUCUGGGAUUGGGAGAGUCCCUAAACGCUACAGCAGGAUUUCAGCCUUGCUACUCGGCCUGCCCUCUUCCUCUCAACCAGCCAAGAGACUGCAAUUUGUAGCACACACUGCCGAGAGAGAAGGGGAAGGGAGAUGCUUUCUGUCAGCACUCCUCUGUGGGAGAAGGUGCAAGCUGUAGCCUGCCCCACUACCAACGAGACAGUCAAUUGUGGACCUCGUGCAAUUGCUCGCCUAGUGCGGUAGGAGUGGAUCAUUUUUUUAAAGAAAAAAUUAUUAUUGUUAUGGAUUCUAUUUUUUUCCUCUUCUGAGUUACUGGGUGGGUGUGUGUAUAUAUAAAUAUAUAUAAAUAUAAAAAAGAAAUUAUAUAUCUACCCAUAUUGAGGGAGGCAGACCCAGGCAGAGCUCACUAGCAGGGCCUAAGGAAACAUGUAUAAAGCAUUUAAGUUGAAGCGAGUCUGAAUGACUGUAUCAGAUCAAUCACUUGCUUUUUGGGUCGGGCAGCCUAGAAGAUGAAGACACCCCCAUCAAACAGCCACCUCAGGUUCAGGCAGGGCUCAGUGAGUGUCUAGCUCAACAUGAUAGUGGAUCUUAAUGCUAUCUGCCUAGUGACUAUAGCCUACCCUUCCUCUGCCAGCUAGUCAUGAUUCUGGCUAGUUUACCCAGCUCCUUCCUCAUCCAUUCCAGGUCACAGAGGGGAAGGACAAAGUCCAUCGUCUUCCCUAUCGCUGUUCACCCAGGGCUGUAUCCGGCUGCAGAACUUUCCCCAUGAGUAGAUCUUUUUCUAGAGGGACUUGGAAGGUUCAGGAAAAUUAGGAAAGAAAAGUCCUAUGUUUUUAGCUUCAAGAUAGACUGAGGCUUUUAAAAAGCUCCUCUCAGCGAACAGAUGUCAUCCACAGCAAGGCUAGGCAGAUCAACAUGCAAAGUGCAAAUUGAGUAUUGGAGGCAUGGAAAGGUGCUUGGGAUAUUGUGCGUAGGAAGGAGGGUAGCCGUGGCAUUGGGGCUGGGUCCCGUACAUGGAAAUAUCACUUUGUAUUUAGUAAAGCCUUUUCCCAGGUGGUGUUCCUACCUUUUAAAAAAAAACAUUGUUCUUAUGAAUUACUCCAUAUUGAUUUCUUGUGGUGUCACAGUUAUUUACAAAUUGGGCAAGAGAAAGAAGAGGAAAAAAACAAAACCAAAAAGCAAUAUUUUUCCAUAUGCCAAAAAUCUCUCUCUACCCAUGCAAAUAAAACACACAAUAUUUUUUCCAUAUGCCAAAAAUCUCUGCCCAUGAAAGUAAAUAGAAAACAAAACACAGCAAUCCAGGAAUCCAGCAAUUGCCAGGCACUACUGACUCUUUCUCUAUGGCAAUAUCUUUACCGCGCUCUCCACAGAGCCACACUUUUAUUUUUAUUAUGAUUAGCCAUUUUAAAAUUAGGAAUAAAAAAUAUAAUGAGCCACUCCCUC